AGUCGAGCGUUCAACUCAGGAAGUGUUCCGCACAUUCAUUGCAGUCAGGCGUUUCUAAUAAUUAUCGAAAAAAAGGGAUAAAAAAUGUCCAGGGAUCCAGCUGCUGAACAGCUAAACUGUUAUAAGGAAACUGUUAAGACAGUUCCCAUUCUUCUCACUGGAAAUGGAGAGCCAAUUGCAAAUAAAAAUGACAGUCUUACAGCAGGAAAAUAUGGACCAACAUUGCUACAAGAUUUUGUUUACUUGGAUGAAAUGUCUCAUUUUAAUAGAGAAAGAAUCCCUGAACGUGUUGUUCAUGCUAAAGGAGCAGGCGCCUUUGGAUAUUUUGAGGUAACGCACGACAUAACAAAAUACACAAAAGCGAAACUUUUUUCUGCAAUUUUAAAAAGGACUCCAAUUGCUGUGAGAUUUUCUCAAGUCGGUGGUGAAAGAGGCUCUGCUGAUACAGUUAGAGAUCCACGAGGAUUCGCUGUAAAAUUUUAUACAGAAGAAGGAGUUUGGGACCUUGUUGGAAAUAAUACGCCAAUUUUCUUCAUUAAAGAUCCACUAUUGUUUCCAAGUUUCAUACACACUCAAAAAAGAAAUCCGGUUACCAAUUUAAAGGAUUCCGACAUGUUCUGGGAUUUUCUAUCCCUUCGGCCUGAGUCAACCCACCAAGUUAUGUUUCUUUUUAGUGAUCGUGGUAUUCCUGAUGGUUAUCGUUAUAUGCACGGUUUUGGAUCACAUACCUUUAAACUCGUUAAUGCAAAGGACGAAAUUGUAUACUGCAAGUUUCAUUACAAGACUGACCAGGGAAUAAGAAAUCUUCCAGUUGAUAGGGCAGCCGAAUUAAGUGGUACUGAUCCUGAUUAUGGAAUUCGAGAUCUUUAUAAUUCAAUUGCGCGAAGACAAUGUCCAUCUUGGACACUUUAUAUCCAAGUAAUGACACCAAAGGAAGCUGAAACUUUCAGGUGGAACAUCUUUGAUGUUACAAAGGUUUGGCCCCACAAGGAUUUUCCCUUGAUACCAGUUGGAAAAAUAAUACUGGACAAAAAUCCAGAAAGUUAUUUUUCUGAUGUGGAACAAAUUGCUUUUAAUGUAGCUCAUAUGGUAUCUGGCAUUGAACCAACUCCAGAUAAAAUGCUUCAAGGUCGUAUGUUUGCUUAUGGUGAUGCUCACAGGUAUCGACUUGGCACCAAUCAUCUUCAGCUGCCUGUUAAUUGUCCAUAUAAGAUAAUGACGACAAUGAAUUACCAAAGAGACGGAAAAAUGUCUAUCAAUUCUCAAGGAGGAGCACCAAAUUAUUAUCCAAAUAGUUUCAAGGGUCCUGUAGAAACGCCAAAUGUAAAGGAACCUGCUUUUAAUAUAACAGGGCAGGCUGAUCGUUACACGCCCAUAAAUGAAGAUGAUUUUGGUCAAGUGACUAUUUUUUGGAGGAACGUACUUGAUUCAGGUGCAAAAACUCGUCUUGUCAACAAUUUAGUUACAAGUUUGAAAAGAGUUUCCCCUUUCAUUGUUCAACGAGCUGUGGCUAAUUUCACUCAAGUGGACCAAGAUCUUGGUAAAAGAUUGAGAGAUGGACUCAAAAAAGUUGGAAUGCAACUCUUUACGUUGGAAGAUGAGAAAAAUUGAGCGAUUUAAAAAAUGAUAGCAAUGAUUAAUCGUAUUAUUCAUUGCAAUGAAGCCUCUAACCCAUUAUUUUAAAGUUAAAGUUCUAAAAUUGAUUAUAAAAUAUAUUUUAUUUAUUUAAACUUAGCACACAGUAUAUAUUUUAUAACUUUUUUGUUAUCAAUAUUGUUACAUAUCAAUAAAGAAAACAUGUUAUUAUACAAC